AUGGGGCCUCUGCUGCUUGGACUUGUCACUCUCUUGUUUGGGAGCUUGAAAAAUGUGCUUGUGCCUAAAUGUUGUUAUGCAAUUCAAGGAAGGAGCUACAGGGACCGCAUUGCUACAUAUCGAAGUGAUUUUUCUCAUGCAUAUACUUAUGGAAAAUCUCCUUUUCCAGCUUUGGAUGGCUUUAUAGAAUCCAUCGCUUCUUUUGGAAAUGUUUCAGUGUUUUACAUUGUUGAUUUCCAAAGAGCAGCAUACUACCAAAAGUGUCAUGACCCUGAUUGUCAAGGUUACCGUUCUCCCUUGCGUCCUGUACCUUGGGAUGUGAUUCCUGAGCUGAUGGAAUCAUACCAGACAGAAUAUCAGGGCAAUGUCGUGGAAAGCAACAUUGAAAACGGCAACAUGAACGGUAAAUCCAUCAUUGAGGCUGGUGCGGAGGAUCCUGAAUGGUGGGAAGAAGUGGUGAAAUUUGCGGCAGCAUCGUGA